CCGCGCCAGAAGUUAAGUCGGGUCGGGAAGGGUCGCGGUGGCGGGCGCCGGGCCCGUUGCACCUUGCCUUGGCCUUCGCCCGCUGGCGGAGGACGUCGAGGCGCCAGCACUACUGUUUCUUGGUGAACGUGGAGAUAACCCAGAGAACUGAGGAAGUUGCUAAGAAGAUUGUGCUGGGAUGCUUUAGGAAGAGUGAAUGCUGAGGUGAAUUCCAGAGGGUUUGGUUUGCCAAGAAGAAAGUGAAUAUCAUGGAUCAGAACAACAGUCUACCACCUUAUGCUCAAGGCCUGUCUUCCCCUCAGGGUGCCAUGACUCCGGGACUCCCCAUCUUUAGUCCAAUGAUGCCAUAUGGCACGGGGCUGACCCCACAGCCUAUUCAGAGCACCAAUAGCCUUUCCUUGUUAGAGGAACAGCAACGGCAGCAGCAGCAGCAGCAGCAACAGCAGCAGCAGCAGCAGCAGGCUGCAGUGGCAGCGGCUCAGUCCACAUCCCAGCAGGCAGCGCAGGGUCCAUCGGGCCAGACACCACAGCUCUUCCACUCACAGACUCUUACAACCGCCCCCUUGCCGGGCACCACCCCCUUGUACCCGUCUCCCAUGACACCUAUGACCCCCAUCACCCCUGCCACGCCAGCCUCCGAGAGCUCUGGGAUCGUGCCGCAGCUGCAAAAUAUUGUAUCCACAGUGAAUCUUGGUUGUAAGCUUGACCUAAAGACCAUUGCACUUCGUGCCCGAAAUGCUGAAUAUAAUCCCAAGCGGUUUGCUGCUGUAAUCAUGAGGAUAAGAGAACCCCGAACCACAGCACUUAUAUUCAGUUCCGGAAAAAUGGUUUGCACUGGAGCAAAAAGUGAGGAACAGUCUAGACUAGCGGCAAGAAAAUAUGCCAGAGUUGUACAGAAGUUGGGUUUUCCAGCUAAGUUCUUGGACUUCAAGAUUCAGAACAUGGUGGGGAGCUGUGAUGUGAAGUUCCCGAUCAGGUUAGAAGGCCUUGUCCUAACCCACCAGCAGUUUAGUAGUUAUGAACCAGAGCUAUUUCCAGGUUUAAUCUACAGAAUGAUCAAACCCAGAAUUGUUCUCCUUAUUUUUGUUUCUGGAAAAGUUGUAUUAACAGGUGCUAAAGUUAGAGCAGAAAUUUAUGAAGCAUUUGAAAACAUCUACCCUAUUCUAAAGGGAUUCAGGAAGACAACGUAAUGGCUGUUACACACCUGCAGUUCCCACCCACCUGUUUUAAUCAGUUGUGGUACAUUUAAAUGAUGUUGUGGGUGCCCAGCUCGGUUGUGGGGUGCAGCACCAGGUGGGCUGUCCUCACUUGUCCCCGAGGGAUGCUGGGAAAGGGUGAGGACACCACAGUGUCACUGAGUUGUUCAGACUGUGCUGCUAUUGGGGCAGCACUGCCCGUUUAUUUAUAUUAGGUUUUAAACACUGCUGUUGACAAGUUGGUUUAAGGAACAGACCUUGAAGUGUUCAAGACACCUCUACAAUUGAUUGUACUUAUUUUGUUUAAUUUCUUCCUCAUAUACCAGUUUUUAUAUUUCUACCGGAAAAGUAAAAAUCUUUUUUAAAAGUGUUGUUUUCUGAUUUGUAACUCCUAGGGGUUAUUUUUGUGCCAGACACAUUCCGCCUUUUCAGUAUUGCAGGAAAGAAUAGAUGUAUUAAUGAAAAUGAA